AUGGAUGCAAUCUAUGGAGCUGUGAGCGAAGAUACCUUCAAACUGAUUGCCACCACUCGCAUAGCCAAAAUUGCGUGGAGUAUAUUAUGUGAUCAUCAUGAAGGGAACACGUCUGUAAGACAAUCCAAAUUACAGAUGAUACAGACAGAGUUUGAAAACUUGAAAAUGGAAGAAGAAGAAAAUAUCACACAAUUUAGUGCCAGAGUUUUAAGCAUCUCUGGAGAUGCGUUUAACCUAGGCGAACCUAUUUCUGAACCUAGGCUCGUCAAAAAGGUCUUACGUUCCCUACCUGAGAGAUUUAUGAUAAAGGUUACAGCCAUCCAAGAAAACAAAGAUCUAAACACCUACAAACUCAGUGAUCUAAUGGAAAAUCUUCAAACAUAUGAGCUUGAGAUACUGCAAAAAGGGAAAGAUAAUGACAAAGGAAUUGCGUUCCAAUCAAAGCAGAAAGAAAGUCUAGAAAUUGAUACUGAAACUAUGGAACAAUCAAUUGCUCUCCUAACAAAGAAUUUCAACAGAGUUCUCAAAAAAUUCAACAAAUUUAGAAACAAAAGUGCUUCAAUCAAUCAAGGGGACUUCCCAACUGGACAAAAUCAAUCUAUUUCAAAAAGAAGAGACAGUUCAAAUACAGAAGGAAUACAGUGCUAUGAGUGCAAAGGGUUUGGACACAUCCAGUCAGAAUGUGCUACAUACCUUAAAAGAAAGAACAAGACAUACAUGACAACAAUAAGUGAUAACUCAGACAGUGAAGAAGACACCAACACCAAUUUCGUAGCAUUCACCGCAAAUCAUGAAAAUAACAACGGAGAAGAUAUACAAGAAUUACUAGAGGCAUAUACUCAACUACAUGCCAAAUGGGAACAAAUCAUCGAAGUAAAUCUAGAACUCAUGGAAGAAAAUCAGUUUCUAAAAGAUGAAAAAGAUAGAGGAGAAAAACGGUCCAAAGAAGCUCAAAAUGAAUUAUUAGACUCCAAAAACAGAGAGGCAAAACUGCUACAAGAAAUCAAGGCUCUAACUGAAAGGCCUAGGACUCCAAUCUCAGCCUCCAGUGAAUACUGUCACAGACUCGGGCACAUCAAAGCAUAUUGUUUUAAAAGACAGUAUGAUCUCCAAUACAGACAUAACAACAUGAGCUGGACUGGACAGGCUCGAAAUCAGAAUAAGAAAAUCUAG